UGAAAGACCCAAUCAGGAAGUGAUAUUGUUGAGACAACUGAUACAACGUGAAUGUCAAAAGUGUAAGCAAAACGAAAUACACCUUAAAAAUACGAUUAAAUAUUUUGUUUUUGGUAUCAUCGAGUUGUCGCAACAUGAGGUUUUAGCGGUUUUUGUAUCGGAAGGUGGAGCGUUUGUCACGAUGUUUCAGGCUGUAGCUAAAACGCUUUCUGUUGCAUCAACCAGUUCAGUAUCUCGGGGGAUAUUAAGUAUUCGACAUUAUUGUAAGAAGACACCAACGAAACUAAGAGUAUCCGACGCAAUUUCAGGUGCUGAAUUGGGAGCAAAUGUCAAAGUACAGGGAUGGGUUCGCUCUGUCAGACCUCAAAAGGCAAAUCUAUUUCUGAAUGUGAAUGAUGGGAGCUCCUUACAGUCAUUGCAAAUUGUUGCCACUUCAGAGCUGAAUGAUCCGUUGCUCACAUUUGGUAGUGCUGUUGAAGUCACAGGUAUCCUUAAGAAAAGUCCACAUCGAAAUCAGCCAGUUGAACUGGAGGCAGAACAUAUCCAUGUAAUUGGAGAGUGUAACCCUGUGGAUUUUCCCUUUAAGAUCAAAGACAGACAUGGGCUUGAGUAUAUCCGCCAGUUUCCUCAUCUCAGGUGUAGAACAAAUGUCUUUAGUUCCCUUUUGAGAAUACGAAGCGAGGCCACUUCAGGAAUUCACUCAUAUUUCAAGGAAAAUGGCUUUGUGCAGAUUCACACUCCUGUCAUCACCUCAAAUGACUGUGAAGGGGCAGGGGAGCUUUUUCAGGUUGAGCCAUCAAGCCCAGAGUACGAAGAGGAUCAGAACUUUUUCUCUGUUCCAGCCUUCCUGACUGUGUCUGGUCAGCUUCAUUUGGAGGUGAUGUCAGGGGCUUUUUCUAAAGUCUACACAUUUGGGCCAACUUUUCGUGCAGAGAACUCCCAAAGCAGACGCCACCUGGCUGAGUUCUAUAUGGUGGAGGCCGAGGUCUCCUUCACACAGUCCAUAGAGGACCUCACCAAGGUCAUGGAGGACAUGUUCAGAUCUGCCACAGAGCAUGUCUUGGCUCACUGUGCGGAGGAUGUGGAUUUAUUUCACAAGCAUGUGACUCCUGGACACAAGGACACUGUAGAUGCGAUGCUAAAGAGGAGGUUCCCUACGAUUACCUACAGUGAAGCUAUAGACAUCCUAAACCGCAGCUCAGAGAAAUUUACCUUCCCAACAGACUGGGGAUGUGACCUUCAGACAGAGCAUGAGAAGUAUCUGGUGAAACAUUGCGGCAACAUUCCAGUCUUUGUCACUGAUUAUCCUUAUGAUCUCAAACCCUUUUAUGCAAGAGACAACCAGGACCAUCCUGAGCAUACAGCAGCUGCGGUGGACCUCCUUGUGCCGGGAGUUGGAGAGCUCUGUGGGGGCUCGCUGAGAGAGGAGAGGCUAGAUCUGCUGAGGGCUCGGCUGGAGGAGGUGGGAUUAGAAGACACCUACAGCUGGUAUCUGGAUUUGAGGAGUUUUGGUUCCGUCCCUCAUGGUGGCUUUGGACUGGGAUUUGAGCGAUAUUUGCAGUGCAUUCUCGGUGUAGACAACAUAAAAGAUGUGAUUCCUUUUCCCAGAUUCUCCCAUUCAUGUCUUCUGUAAAACACAGUCGCAGCGUAGUAGCCAUUUUGUAAUUAUGUGUUUUUCAUGUCUGGCAAAUGUCUAAUAAAUAUGAUAUUCAAAACUAUA